AUGCCCCAAGGAUAUCCCAAACUCGACUUCGCUGAUGGGACGGGAGGCGAAGUCAAGCCCCGGUGCUGGCAGCUCUUAGUAAUUGACUCGAAGCCUUGCAAACGGUUUCCGGGGCCGCAACGCAACAAUAAACCCGACAAGAAAUACAUCUAA